AUGCCGACAUGCUUUAAUCCCCACAGCGACAAGCCUUAUCAAAACAAUCAUCAGUUUUGACAAUACACAGUUUUGUUGCGAUUGCAACGGUUGCAACGGUUGACUGUCAUUCAGAAGGCAUGUCAGACUAUUGCAACGGUUGCAACGGUUGACUGUCAGUCGGGACUAUUACGGCAUUUGUAUAAGUCUUAUAAUAUGCGUAAAUGUUCUCAAAAUGUCAAGACAUAUAUCAUUGUUGUGUACGCUAAAUUACCAAAAUACGACAAUAAUUAUCGAAAUACACAAGACAGUUACCAAAAUAUGCCUUAUAUACAAUUUUUUGUUUGUUUUUUACUUCAAUAUAUACGUUAUAAAUACUUGACCAACCUCAAUUUUUCGGCUCCGAUUUCGACAUUUUUCUGCUGCGUCCUAUCUUAUAUAUUAAGGGUUUUUACCCGUUUUCUCAACUAUUUUUUUGCCUGCGUCCUAUCUAUGCUAGCGUCCUAUACAUGAUAUAAUAUGGUAGUUAGCUUAGAGUGCCGCAUAUGUCGCUGUCUACAUUUUGUGUGAUUUGUGGAAAGUGCUUUUUUCAAUUUUUCGUGGCAUAGAUGAUAUAUGUUAUAAACAAUGUAGACUGUCUGUGGGCAUGGCUUGAACUUUCCUUUUUUACCUUUUUUAUUUUGUUCUGUUUUGCUUAGUGGAAUUGCAGACUGUGUAGCAUUAUAAAAGAGCAUUUUGCUCAAGCUCAGUUAAAAGAGCUCUGAGCUAUUUUUUUGGCAACUGGUUUGAGCUACCAGACAUUAUUGUUUACUAAAUUGUCUUCACAAAUUAAUGGUGGAUGAUACAAAACCUCAUUGUAAGACCAUCCGGACCAGAUUAAAUAGCCUAAAUCAAGAUUGAAAGGUAAUACAGCCAUCAUUGAAAGUGCAUACAGCCCAGAUUGGCAGAAAAUAGUGUCCAAAUCAGCAGAUCUAUCCGAAACAACAGAGUGAUGGAUCCAUCAGGAGGGAUAAACAUACAUCACUGAAUUCUUGUGUGUGUACCCACUUUAAACAUUAUCUGGAUAAAUUAUACAAACAAUGGUCAUUUCUUAGAAGGUUUAUGUUGAAAAUGAAAAUGAUAUCACAUUCAUGCAGUCGUGGGUUUUAACUCCUAACCGGGGGCACUUUUGCUUCUAGGUUUACAUAAAUGGUGCCCCCCGUAAACGGCAGGCCUCUGUUGGACUAGAAGGUUAAUGAGGGGAGUGUAGUAUGUCGGGGGGUAAAAACCAGCUGCCAUGCUAGUUUUCAGGUGGUUGUGUGCACUCCUCCCAGGUUUACUUUAGUUUAAGUAAUGUAAUUUAAUUAAUAAUAUGAACCAUGGUUUUGAAUGCAGCACUCCUUUUGGAAUCGGAUGUAUGGCGGGGGAAAGGGCAGCAGUAUGUUCUCCAACCAAGACCAUAACGUGUACAUUGAAGUGCUCAAAACUGUCCUCAAAAGUCAGAUUGAACAUCUUGUACAUCAGUUGGAGGCAGAGGCGGGGGAGGAGACGCUUGUGCUCACUGCUAGUCUGAAGGAGGGAACUCUUAGCACCCUAGGCUCCAACAAGGGGCUACACUUCCUUCACGCUCGUGAUGACCUCAAACUAAACUUCUUCUCAUUCUGUGCCCAAGGCACUCUUGAUGGACAUGUCGACAAGUACACGACCAGUGUGGUCCCUAGAAGCGGCCAAGCCCUCCCCACUCUGCAGCAGACACCAAGCUGCAUGGAGCAAAACUCUCUUCUUCAUAACCAGCAGUGCUCCUCCAGCGUACCCUACCAGCAAACAAACACACCAGACAGAAACUGUAAACGCAAGUUUGAUGAUGGUGGCUACACUGAUAUGACAGUCAGUGACAAUGUUGACAGCACUGAUAAAACAUACACAGAGUUGCAGAAUGUAAAAACCCUGCGGCUCGAACCUGGGUUGGAUGGCAGCUCUAUGUCGGAGGGCGUACACGCUGAUAAGGUGAGCUCCAGUGUAGCAGGCUCAAUACUAGAAAGCAUUCUUACAGUUGGGGGGAUCACUGGAACACUUAUAGGAAACAGCCUAGGCGGGAUUGGACAGUACCCCAGCUUAGAGCAUGGUGCCAUUUCCAAUACAACAAAUACAGUGGGGCCGUCAGGCCCGCAGUUUUACACACAGGAUGUAUCAAGCUCUGUUAUAGACUACCCACAGUAUGGGAAGUUGUACCAGCAGGCUGGUGCUGUAUUGUCAUCUGAGCGCCUGUCUAGCUCCAGCCCCCACCCACAACAGGCUCCUUUCAUCCCCGGCUACCAGGUCAGCCCAGCCACUUUUGCUGCCCAAGGGAAUAAAGCACAGGAUGCCGAGGUUGGCCAGAUAUUGCCUUCAGAUGAUAACAGUAUGAGGCGAAGAACACAUAGACUUGAUUUACCAGAUACACUAAAACCUAGUCAGCCAGUUGAGACAUUAUUUCCAAACUCUGUUUGUUCCAGUGCUAACACAAACUCACAGAGCGCAGUGAAUGUUAUCCAGCUUGUUGCUAUGGACCAAUCAAAGUAUGUGACUCCUUCUCAUUUUCCAACAGUGUGUCAUCCAUCAAACCAACCAUUACAACAUACUCAGUCCAAUACCUGUACAAGCAAUAUUGAUCAAAGUGUGCACAUUAAUACAUCUUGUAUUCAAGAAAAGUUGACAAAUAGUGGUGAACUACCAAUGAUUAUUUCCAAGUCAUCUAACUGUGGAGAAAUUUUAGUGAAAACUGCCUCCAAACCAGCAGUGUCUUUACUGACAGGAUCCCUGUCAACUGUAUUUCUAACACCGGACUCCCAAACAAAUAGUGCCGUAAACAAACCCAUCAUCAUUGAAACCACUCAAGAAAUUAGCCCUGAAAACGAAACUACAAUAAAAUCAAAGGACAAGAGAGAUAAAGAUAAACCCAAGCACAAGACUUUGUCCAAUAAGAUCAAAGAGAUAACGGAGAGAAUAAAGAAGGACGAAGAAACAACCAAGCUGCACACAAUACACCACAGUGAGAUCAAGGAAUUCCAAAAAAAGAUGAGUGAAAAGAAAAAGAAGAAAGAAAAACUACCAAAAAUACAUUUAACCAAACCAAUUGAAGUUGAGGGUGAUAUUAAGGACAAGUUAAGUGUGUACACAUCUGAGUCAGACAACCUAUCGGCUAUCGGGGUCAGUAUGGUGUCAGUUGAAAGCUCCCUGUGUGGCCAGGUGACCCCAGAGGCAACCCCAGGGAUCGCUGUGGAGACUAGGAAAACCCCCACACCAGACACAGCUCCUCUCGAUGAUCCCUCCAGCAUGGACAAAAUCCAGGAAGGAGACUUGACCAGGCUGAAAGACGUAUCAAGAGCCUCACACAGGAAACCAAAACAGCCUCGUUUCAACAUCGGGGAGGCAAGUGAUGACGAAGACAACGGGGAUCCUCCCCGGUCACGCAGGGUUCUUGACCUAAGCGAUGACGAGGACAAUGGCAAUCCGGCCCAUUCACUGAGGGUUUUCUCUCUGAGCAAUGAUGAAUACAAUGAGGACCUAGCAAGUUCACAAAAGGUUUCCGCCCAGAGCGAUGAUGAGGACGAUAGGGACUUGCCCUGGUCACGGAGGGUUCUAACACUUAGUGGGUCACCGGAGAAAGGGAAGGAAUCAAGGCCAACCCUUUCCCAGGAUAGCAGGGGCAGGGAACUGGGAGAAAUUAUCUCCCUUGAUCAAAAGGAUAAAGAUCUCGGUCAUGUAAUAUCAAUAGAGGGUAAGGUUGAUGACUUGUCAAAUGCUUGCUCCCUAAAUAAUGAGGAAAGUGAUAUACUGAAUAUUAAUGUAACGAUAGAUGAGAAUGAUUCCUCUUUUGCUCAUAUUAACCUAGAUGAUCUACGAGCAAGUUUACUGUUGAAUGAAAACAUGACAGAACUUGCAUCUGUUACAUAUAGUGCAAAUGAAGAGAAUAAUAAAGAUGAAACAGAUAGUAAUGAAAACAUUGAUAAGAAGAAGGGUAGGAAUAAAAAACCAUUAAACUCUGAGUCUGUGAUAGUGUGUAGCUCUAAGAAGGAGCGAGGACUUCUGCACUGUAGGUUGUGUUCAGAGGAGUUUACUGACAUAAAACUGCUGGAGGAUCACCUAGAAAACACUGCCCAUGCCAUUAAGAAGUACAAGUGUGAUUUGUGCAGUCGCAAGUUUGCAGCGCUGCGUGACGCCGAGCGACACAGGCGUAUACAUACAGGGGAGAAACCCUUUGUAUGCAAACUGUGUGGACGCGCAUUUGCACGGAAGGACAACCUCUUGUCACACAAAAAACGGCAACACUGGAAACAUGGACACAAGGAGGAGGAUGAAGAAGGCGAUGAGAUGGAACAAACUGACCUUCACAGUCACAAACCUAACCAUCAAAUACUGUAGUCAGUUUUGUUAGUGAUCUAAGUUAUUGUUGUUCUGAAUCAGCUAAAAUCUUUUUCAUGGUCUGUCAUCUUGUUAAAGAUCAUUCACUUAUGGAUCAGUUAUGGAUACUGUUCCUCUCUCUAGUCUUCUAUUGAGAUGAGUUCAUAUUUCGUUCCAGAUGUACGGUCAAAUUUAAGCAUAAUUAUGCACACUGGAAAAUGUGAAGAUGAGAAACAAAAAUAGAAUCCCAUAUAGAUACUCUAGUCAAUAACAGUUAGCUGGAUUUUUCAUAGAAAAAUUAUAGGUCAUAGAGUGGCAAAAACAGGAUGGGCCAGCUGGCAGGUGGCCGGUGGGCAACUGUUGGGACGUUAGCAAUUCUGCGUUAGUUCACUGUUUUAUCAAAUGGUUAUGAAACUUGGGCAUACUAUUUGUCUUCAAGAUAUCAUGAACAUUUGUAAAUAUGAGUCAAACCUAGGUUGUAAGGUCAAGUGGUAGGAAGUGUAGGAAAUAUUUCCCUAUGUCAUAAAUUCAAAAGUUUUUAUCAAAUAUUCAUAAAAUAUGUUCUGCUAAUUUGUCUGCAUAAUGGAUUUUAAAUUAAUAAUUUGACCAAAAAUAUUGAAAUUUACAAUACGAUAGGAAGAACUAAUAAAUAGAAUAUAAUGAACAUGUGGAAGUAAUGUUCAUCAUUCACCCUCAUAAACACUGUUAUUUAUUUUUGAAAUGUAUCAAUGUUGUCAUGAAAAAUCUGUUAGAUACUAACAUUGUAUGUAUUUGUUGAUAUGAUAUCAAUGGUAUUAAAUCUUCACAAUG